AUGAGUGCCUUGGAGAUAUCUAGCGAAGUAUGCGACGUCCCAAAUGGCACCCAUGGCACAAAGCGUCGCCGGAGUUCGACUGUGCUUAACCCAAGGAGUUAUGUCAAAGAGAAGCUUUGGACACAAGCUCCAGUAUUUACGGGUAGCACAAACUUUGAGCCACUUGCAGACGCGAAGAACAUAUUGAUCACUGGUGGCGCCGGCUUCAUAGCCUGCUGGUUCGUACGCCAUAUAGUCCUUACGUACCCCCACUAUAAUGUGGUUUCCUUGGACAGAUUGGAUUACUGCGCAACACUCAACAACACGCGCAUUCUCGAUGGCCGACCGAACUUCACAUUCGAGCAAGGUGACAUCACCUCGCCCGCUACUGUGAAGCGUGUGCUCCGUAGGCACAAAAUCGACACCAUUGUCCAUUUUGCGGCGCAAUCGCAUGUUGACCUCAGCUUUGGCAACUCGUACGAGUUCACGCACACAAAUGUUUAUGGAACACAUGUGUUGCUUGAGAGAGCAAGGGAACAUGGUGUCAAUAAAUUCAUACACAUCUCGACAGACGAAGUAUAUGGUGAUGUGCCUGUUGGUGCAGCGGACCUGAGCGAAACGAGCAUAUUGGCACCCACAAAUCCAUACUCGGCCAGCAAAGCGGCGGCGGAGAUGAUGGUCAGCGCAUACCGGAGCAGCUUCAAGCUGCCCCUAAUUACAGUCCGGGCGAAUAACGUAUACGGGCCACAUCAAUUUCCCGAGAAAAUUAUACCCAAAUUCAUCAUGCUCCUACAGCGAAAGCGGAAGCUUCUCCUCCACGGCGACGGCUCACCAACGCGGCGUUAUCUCUACGCAGGCGAUAUUGUAGAUGCUCUGGACACCAUUUUGCACAAGGGUGACAUUGGGCAAAUUUACAACAUUGCCUCCAAGGACGAGAUAUCGAAUACGGAGAUCUGCUAUCUUCUCCUCGAUAAUUUCGGCAUCCCGCGAGAUACGAAAAGCGAAUUAACACAAUGGAUUCAGUAUACCGAAGAUCGCCCCUUCAACGACCAGCGGUACGCAACAGAUGGUUCGAAACUUGCUGCGCUGGGAUGGCAGCCCAAGACAAGCUUCGAUGAAGGCCUCCGGAUUACUGUGGAUUGGUAUCGUAGAUUUGGCGAAGUGUGGUGGGGCGAUAUCAGCCGGGUUCUGACGUCUUUUCCCGUGGUAACAGGAAAUGAAAUCAGGACAAAGGAGGAGCACGAAGACUUACCAUCGUCUGACGGUGAGGGGACGCACGAAGAAGAUAGUGCAGUAUGGACAAUCUAG